UAGCUAAAAGAAAGCUAGUGCAUCUAAUUUGAGGAAGAAACUUAAAAAAGUAUGUAAUUACAAGAAAACAGAAUCUAAACCAGUGAACCCUCAAUCCGCAUUCUCCAGGUGAUUUCAUAUGCCCCUUAGAUCAGCCUUGUCAGUUUUCACAUAGUACUUUUUUGCAUUUUCUUCUUGGUUAAUUUUGAAGACUAGUUCUUGUCACAUAUCACCUUAGUUUCUGCGUUAUUGAUACUUAUAGGCCCAUGCAUUUCUGUAGUAGUUUACAAAUUGCUAUUUUUUCAUCGUAAUUUGCAGUGAUAGUUUAUGCAUAUUAUAUUAUAGUAAGAUGUGAUUUCUAUUUGUUACUAUGUGACAAUUGGCUUUGCUAGGUAGACAACGGAGAAUCUAAACGACGUGAAUAAUAGGUUGGAAAUUUAUGGCGUAAUUGAAGGGGGAUGAGCCCACGGAAGAAAAGGAAAGCAAAGCAUGGAGUUACAUCAAAUUUAUGGCGGAUUGGGAAAAAGUAGCCACCCACGAAACAGAGGCACAACCACACGAUAUUCUGUUUUAGAUUUCAUUAAAAGCUAUCAUAAUAGAGAGCUCCAAAUCUCCAAUAAUGAAGAGGAAUCAACGAAGAAACAAGAAGGAAUUGAAGAACCUAGCUACCUAUAUAUAUCUUGGUUGACUUGACUUAACUUGCUUCUUUAUUUAACCCUUAGCAAGCUAAGGAAUCACACGCAUACAACAACACUACAAGCAUCAUCAACUCCAACUUUCAAUGGCAUCUUCUUCUUUCGAUGUUCCUUUAAUCAAACAUGAUCUCUUCAUAAGCUUUAGAGGAGAAAUUCGCACUUCUUUUCUUUGCCAUUUGAUAAAAAGAUUGCGCGAUGACGGAAUCAUUCGUUUCUUUGUUGACGAGGAAAAUCUUGGUGCUGGAGAUGAGAUCUCAUCCGCACUUCUUCAAGCAAUUGAGGAAUCUUCCAUUUCAUUGGUCAUCUUCUCGAAAGAUUAUGCUUCUUCGAGAUGGUGUAUGGAGGAGCUUGUGAAGAUUAUUGAAUGCAAAGAACAAUAUCAAAGGACUCUGGUACCUGUUUUUUACAAUGUUGAUCCUUCUCAUGUAAGGCACCAGAAACGAACUUUUGAAGAGGCUUUUGAUGUCCACACUGAGAAGUAUAGAGAAAACAUGGCAAAGGUGCAGAAUUGGAGAUCUGCAUUAAGAAAGGCUGCUGAUUUGUCUGGAAUCCAUUAUCCAUCAACCUUGAUCAGGUCAAACUUUACUUCCAAACAAAGGAAAAAACAUGCUUUCGUUGUUUAGACUCUUUAUUUUAUGUUUUAAUUUAUUAUUCUGGCAUAUGCAUGCAUGCAUCCUUAGAUCCUUUAAACAUGUUUUCUAGUUUAAAUUCUUCACGUAGUAUAGUGUUACCCCUAGUUUAAUACUAUUGUGUUACAUUUACACACACAAAAAAAAGGAUACAUUAUAUAUAUACAUAUCUAGUAGUUGUUAGCUCAUUUUUAUGUAGUUUUCAAGUAUUCAUCAUGGAAUAUAUGCUUGUGUGUAAUAACUAGGUUUAGAUCCAAACAAUAUAUAUAAAUUCAGGAUUGCUACACAUUCAAGUAUUUUUUUAUCCAAGUUCAUUCAAGUAAGUCUAAUACUAACAAAAA